UGUUGUGAGGGGAUGCAUAUGUCACAUUGAUUGUGUUAGCCAGUUCCCAAUACCUAGAGAUGAAAACAUCAUAUUCCAUGAAAUAAAUGUAUAUAAUUUUUUCUUCUCAUGUAAAAUACAUUUUAAAAUUAGAUUGGAAUUAUAAACCCCAUGCUUAAAAAUAUAAAAUAGACUCAAACUAAUUGAAACAAACUUGAUCAAAAUUAUACGACAGGAAACAUGCUGGAAAAGUAAAAUACUUUGCUCAAAACAUUGUAAAAGUCUUACUGCAAGUUAGUGUAUAGAUCUCCCCUGAUAGACGUUGUCAUAUGCUGGCACAGAGCAGCUGGAGAAGCAUUGGGGACAGCAUACACAUUGGUUGAGAAGAUGGAGAAUUCUGCUCUUCUGUUCCAUUCAAAGAGUUGGUUUCAAAUCCUGUCCUUGGUCCUGCGAUGGCAAAGGGACAACUGCGGCACCUUUGGGUUUCAUGUUCACAGCUUAAACCACUAUGAAGUUGAAAGUCUUUCUUCUCGAGUGUUUCUUGUGCAGAAUCUCAGAAAUGCAGCAGAAGCAACAUGAAAGUAGAAGGGAUACUAUUGAACCAUGGGAAGAGGAUCAGAAGGAGGCAGAAAAAGGUUGAGCCUAAGGUGACCGUGUACCCCACAAUGACACAGCCCCUGCAGCACCACAACCUCCUGGUCUGCUCUGUGAGUGGCUUCUACCCAGGCCAUGUCGAAGUCAGAUGGUUCCGGAACGGGCAGGAGGAGGAGGCUGGGGUGGAGUCCACAGGCCUGAUCCGGAAUGGAGACUGGACCUUCCAGACCCUGGUCAUGCUGGAAACUGUUCCUCAGAGUGGAGAGGUUUACGCCUGCCAGGUAGAGCACCCGAGCUGCAGCAGCCCUGUCACGGUGGAGUGGAGGGCACAGUCUGGAUCUGCGCAGAGCAAGAUGCUGAGUGGAGUCGGGGGCUUUGUGCUGGGUCUGCUCUUCCUGGGGUCGGGGCUGUUCGUCUACUCCAGGAAUCAGAAAGGACACUCUGGAGUUCAACCAGCAGGUAAUGUCCUCGAAUCUUCUCUCACAGAUAGAUUUGCUCUCCCUACAGAGGAUGGCGGAGGUGAAGAGACAUGAAACAGAGGCAAUGUAUAUAAUUUUGGGUGCAGAUUUCUGACCUGCCAGUUUAUAGUAAAGCUUCCUCUCUCUACUUAAUAAAACCCUGAACUCUGAGGAAGCAUUGGCUCAGGGAGACUUGACUGUAUUUUAUUGCAAUGCAUCAUGAGAAGACAUGAGAGGGGAGAGGAGGUGCAUUCUGAGUGACAUGUGGAAACGCUGCUGUCCUCUUUCUCCACAGACUCCUGAGCUAAAGAAAUGGUGACAGCUCUGAAGGAAGGACCUGUGUCCCUGCUUCUCCCUGUCCUCUGCACAUCAUAGCGGGCUUCCUGCUUGGCUCUCAUUCUCCCACAGAGAGAGGCUUUCCGGAUACACAGGACCAUACAGAAAGUGUCCUCCCAUGGCUUCCUCAGCCCCUGAGCCCCACCUGGACGCCCGGGCACAGACUGCAGGGCCUUCCCUUCAUUCCCUCCUGGCCCUUGUGUGCAACAUUCACCUCCCCAGCUCUUCUGCACUCACCUUGUGGAACGUUGCCUUGUUAUGUUUUUCUCACAUGAACGUGGAACAAAAACAUCAUCUGCUUCCUACAGUUCUGAGGACAAAAAUGGAAGAGAACAAGAAAAUAAUAAUGCUCCAUUGGUUUUAUGUGUGAAGGGAUGCAAAUGUGAGACAGGCUGGGUUAGCCAGUUCCCAAAGUCCACACAUAAAAACAUCCUGCUCUACAGCAUAAACACACACA